CGCGAGGUCGGCCGUAGCUCAGCCCCGCCUUACUUGGGCAUCCUGCCAAACCACGGGACAUUUGUGAGACAGGGCCGCACCGCAUGCCUGCACAUGGGGCACCAGCCGAGUCUCCAUGACUCCAUCUUGUUCUACCUAUCCUGCACGGUGGGAAUCAGCUGCACCCUACGGGACUUUGCCAACUUGCCUUACCACUGUCCCAUCACACACCUAUCCUGCACGGUGUAGGUGCCUAGGUCCAGGCAACCUGCCACUUAGAACCAACACCCCAAAGGCUAGUUUAUUAGGCGGGACCGCCCGUGCCAAUCCCAACUUUGCGCCGAGUUGUCUAGUUCCUUCCCGACACAGCCAACUCGCAGAUGGACGAGGACCGGGCGCAGCAGCGGGAGCAGCUGCGCACAGCCCUUCGAGCCUGUGGAGCUGACCUGACGCUCUUCGACGACAUCUUUCUGGACAAAUUGUGGGACAACUAUUAUCGCAGCGUCCGCGGCCUGCAGGAUGCCAGGCACGAGAGCCUUAUAGCCGCUGGGCUGCCGCUUGGCCUUGUCGACCAUAUAUCGAGGCUGCAAGCCUCGUUGGGUGACGGCGGCGCGAGAAGCACGGCUAGCGCUGAGGACCCAACCGCUGCAUACCUGGAGGACUGCCUGAAGACCCCCGCCGGUGGCCGUGGCACGCUGUGCCAGCUGCUGCUGCAUGGGAAUGUUGAGGCGCUGUGGCAGUGCUUGGCCACGCCUGUGACACCAGGUCUGCCCCUGCCGCCUUUAGCUGCCCAACUGCCGGGCUUGCGACACAAUCUGGUGCCCGAGACGCAGCAGGCCGCUCCUGACGAGCUAGCCAUGCACGUGUACAGCACCGUGUGCGAUAACCUCAAGCCCGCCGGCGCUGGCUGCAGCUCGGAGAUGUACACUGCAUUCCUCACCCACCGGCUGCUGGAGCGCACAUUGUGGCUGAUUGCGAAGCACCGGAAGGCGGCCUGGCUGGAAAUGGACCGGAACGUUGCGGUGCCAGUGGAGCCACAGCGGCCGGCCUUCAUGGUAUGGGUGAAGAAGGCGCUGCUGUUCAAGGGGCAGGAGAAGGCGGCCCUGGGCGACCUGCGCCUCGCGGUGGAUGAGCUGACUUCGCACACAACGGAGGCGUGGGCUUCGGGGCUGCUGCCUACCGUGCAGCGCCCGUGCAUGCUGGCGUACGCGGCUGCCGGUAGCCGUAUUCAGUUCUUCUGCCUCAAGCCGGCGCCGUCUGAUAACACUGGUGGCAAAGGCAGCGGCGGUGGCAGCGGCCGCGGCCGGGGCAGCAGCGGCAGUGGUAGCGCCAGUCGGCGGCAUGCGCAUGCUGAGCCCAUCAGCAAUGUCCUCGACCUGAGCGACUGGGAGGGGCGGCGGGCGGCGGUGACCGCCACAUUCAACAUCUGGCGCCUGCUGGAGGACUACGCAGAAAGCGGGCAACCGGCGCCGGAGUUUGCCAUCGGCCAGAGCAUCGAGUCCGCGGGCAGCCACGUCAGCUUCCACCCUGGCUACGUCCGCAAGGCCAUCCCGCAGUAUCGAGAAAUACACGAGCGGUACGUGAGCUUUGAGCUGCUGGAAAAGCUGUAUGAGAGGCUCCAGAGCCCGCAGCACCGGCACGCCAUCAUCAAGGCCUGCAAGCCCCCGCGUCUGGAUGCGGACGGCACUUACGUGGUGCACCUGGCGCCGCUGGGCACCCCCUGCACCGGGCCCCCUGACAACGAGGAAGAGCUGGCGGCGGCGGUGGCGGGCGUGCUUCGUGGCCUAGCGGCGCUGCAUGCCGAAGGCUACGUGCACCGUGACGUGCGGUGGGCCAACGUCAUCUAUCUUCCGGAGGACGGCCGCUGGAUGCUCAUUGACCUGGAGCUCGCGGGGCUCGAGGGCUGCGACUGCAGCCGCAGCCCCUUCCCGCUGCGGUACUGGAGCCCCCGGACCCUGCCGCUGGACAAGAAGUACCGGGCGGCCAGCGACCUGCGCAUGACGGCCGAGCAGCUCAUGUGCGGAGCCGGCAGCUUCAGUCUCAGCGAAGCCGGUGUCGACUUGCGGGACAAACUGAUGCGGGCGGUCGAGGAGGACACCGGCGGCAGCAGUGGUCUGACCGCUGAGCAGGCGCUGAAGCACCCGUGGCUCAGGCGCUGAAGCACCCGUGGCUCGCGGCUGCUGCUGCAGCUAGCCGGGCCUAUUAAUUCGUAGUGGGGCCUACACACAGCGGCGCGCAUACACUGUCUUUGCGCAACGUUUUCCUUGUGCUCUUUAACACAGCGGCGCGGCACCACACAAGCUGACAGGGAAGCGAGCCUAGACCCUGGUGCGAGCAACCGUGCUGCUAGAUGUACGGUAGUAUUUGAUUGAUGCAGUAGUACGUAGCCGGACACUGCUGCGCUAUAAGCACUGCAACGCUAGUUGACAGGACAAGUAAUGUACGGGGCCGCCAGCCAGAGUACGCCGUUGUUGGCAGCAGGCGGAGGAAGCAAUGGCGGCAGUAACACGAAGCUGGUAUGUUGGAGCGGUGGAGUCUAUCGAUUGUAGCAUGGGCUGUGCACUCAAUUGCCAAUCAUGGUACGACGUCACCGAGAACCGGUCGUCACGCAGAUAGAUGCGGGAAGAGUGACUCGGGCGCUAGGCAGGGCGGCACACAUCGUAUACAUAGCUAGUGCUGCCGACUAAAGGCGGCGGCGACGGGGAGCAAGUAUGUGUGUUGGAAGGCAACGAGAGUCUGCAAAAGGGAUGGGGAUGGAGCCACGGAUUGCAGUGCAAUACUGAAGGAGGCAGGGCGAUAGACCGAACGUACCGGUACUGUGCUUCCAAGGGUGUGGAGGGCACCAGUGGUGGCGGUGGCGGUCGUGGUGGUGGCGGUGGCGGUGGUGGUGGCGGUGGCGGUCGUGGUGGCGGCGGUGGUGGUGGCGGUAGCGGUCACGGCCCCGAGCCUCUCACCAUCUGCCCUGGGCCUAGCAGGUGUGGCGGCACGCAUUCGCGGAGCGCAGGGGCGGGCGAGAAGGGCCACGUGGAGGAGGAGAGCGCAGCGCCGCCCACAAAGCGGCACCGGCGCGCAGGUUGAUACCUGCCGGGGUCUACUCAGUGACGUCUAUGCGAGCAUGCUUAGUUUAGCUGGACGUAACUGGACGUAACUUGGCGAGCGGUGCUUGUACAAACGACU